UACUCUAUCUUCACAUUAUGAGCAACGCUUGGAGUGGACUUGCAUGUGGUCUAAUGAGUCACCACUGUUGUUCAGUUGUUGAAUGGAGAGCCAACACGUUUUUUUGUCCAAUUCUUUGCUGGAAUUUUCACAUCUACUUCAAAACCACGCGCUAAGUAAUCCAGAAUGAUCUUAAAACUAAAAAGAAGUCCGAUUUAAAGAGAAAGAAUGAGGUCACACAUUAUGUAAACGAGUGUAACCCCUGGUACUGCAGGUGAAGUACCUCUCUGGCAGCAGAUUCACGCAUGUGUGCUCUGCUGUGGACUGUGUGCGCUCUGCUCUCGCUCCUGUCAGAGAGUCACUGCUGCAGAAAACAGCGCUGUGUUUCAUAAAAUCACACCGCAUCUGGUCGAGGAACUUUUACACGCUGUUUCAUUUCCUAAGACAACUCCUGCUCUUUAAACUUACCUCUGUAGGACAUUUGAUCAGAGAUCAUGAAAGGCGCACCUUUAUUUAUAUACCUGUUGAGCGCCUGUCUGCGCUUCUCCUUAGCUGCUGAUUGGGAGUUAUUGGACAACAAUUUUACCAACGAAGGUGAUGCAAUCGACUACAAGGAUCCCUGUAAAGCUGCUGCCUUUUGGGGAGAUAUUGCUCUUGAUGAAGAUGACCUCCGCAUGUUUAAAGAAGUCCACAGAGGCAAUAGUGCACAACAUGCUGAUCAGACCAACCAAACCGACUCAGGUAACAGCUCCACUGAGAGUGGCAGCAGUCAGAGAGUGGCAGACAGGCGGAGUCUUCGUCGUCUGCGUAGAGCAGCCACUUCCAGACCCGAGCGAGUGUGGCCAGAGGGAAUCAUCCCGUAUGUCAUCAGUGGGAAUUUCAGUGGCAGUCAGCGGGCCAUUUUCCGUCAGGCCAUGCGUCACUGGGAGAAACACACCUGUGUAACAUUCACUGAGAGGACGACUGAAGAAAGCUACAUUGUGUUCACCUACCGACCCUGUGGGUGUUGCUCUUACGUGGGCAGGAGAGGCGGAGGACCUCAGGCCAUAUCUAUAGGAAAGAACUGUGAUAAGUUUGGCAUUGUGGUCCAUGAACUCGGCCACGUGAUCGGCUUCUGGCAUGAACACACACGCCCGGACCGUGAUGAACACGUGAGCAUCAUCAGAGACAACAUUCAGCCAGGACAGGAGUAUAACUUCCUGAAGAUGGAGCCAGACGAGGUGGACUCACUCGGGGAGGUGUACGACUUUGGAAGCAUCAUGCAUUAUGCAAGGAAUACUUUUUCCAGAGGCAUCUUCUUAGACACCAUCCUGCCCCGUUAUGACGUGAAUGGAGUCAGGCCGCCUAUUGGACAGAGGAUGCGGCUCAGCGAAGGGGACAUUGCACAAGCCCGCAAACUCUACAAGUGUGCAAGGUGUGGGGACAACCUGCAGGAGAGUUCAGGGAACUUCUCAUCUCCUGGAUAUCCCAACGGAUACUCGGCGUACGCUCACUGUGUGUGGAGGAUCUCUGUGACUCCAGGAGAGAAGAUUGUGUUGAACUUCACAUCCUUAGACCUCUUCAGGAGUCACUUAUGUUGGUACGACCAUGUGGAGGUUCGAGAUGGGUUCUGGAGAAAAGCUCCAUUAAAAGGUCGCUUUUGUGGAGACACACUUCCAGAUGCGAUCACCUCGACUGACAGUCAGCUGUGGGUCGAGUUCAGAAGCAGCAGUAACUGGGUGGGCAAAGGCUUUUCAGCCGUCUAUGAAGCAAUAUGUGGGGGCGAGGUGAGGCGGGACAGUGGCCAGAUCCAGUCCCCCAAUUAUCCUGAUGACUACCAGUCCAACAAAGUGUGCGUUUGGAAAAUCACAGUGGAAGAGGGUUUCGAUGUCGGCCUCUCCUUUCAAUCGUUUGAUAUUGAGAGACAUGACACCUGUGCUUACGACUACGUUGAAGUGAGAGAUGGCAGUUCAGAGAGCAGCCCUCUCCUCGGACGUUUCUGUGGCUACGACAAACCUGAUGACAUCAAAAGCAGCUCCAACCAGCUCUGGCUGAAGUUUGUAUCAGAUGGAUCUGUCAACAAAGCUGGGUUUGCUGCCAACUUUUUCAAAGAAAUGGAUGAAUGCUCGAGGCCGGACAACGGUCACUGUCAGCAGCGCUGCCUGAACACGCUGGGAAGCUACAGAUGUGCCUGUGACCCUGGAUUUGAGCUGGCUGCUGACAGACGCAGCUGUGAGACAGCUGCCUGUGGUGGGUUUAUCACUAAGCUGAACGGGUCCCUCACCACCCCAGGGUGGCCCAAAGAAUAUCCUCCAAACAAAAACUGUGUGUGGCAGAUGGUGGCACCUAUUCAGUACCGCAUCACUCUGGUGUUUGAUGUGUUUGAGACUGAAGGAAAUGAUGUGUGUAAAUAUGAUUACGUGGAGGUGCGCAGUGGGUUAAGCUCAGACUCAAAGCUUCAUGGGAAGUUUUGUGGAGCAGAAAAACCCGAGGUCAUCACCUCCCAACAGAACAACAUGAGGAUUGAGUUCAAGUCUGACAACACCGUCUCCAAGAGGGGCUUCAAGGCUCACUUCUUCUCCGAUAUCGAUGAGUGCUCCAAAGAAAACGGAGGCUGCCAGCAUGAAUGUGUGAACACCUUUGGGAGCUACAGCUGUCAGUGCCGCAGUGGCUUCAUGCUGCACGAUAACAAACAUGACUGCAAGGAAGCUGGCUGUGAUCAUGUUGUAAACACUGUGUCAGGCACGAUAAGCAGCCCGAACUGGCCUGAUAGAUAUCCCAGCAAGAAGGCCUGCACCUGGCACCUGUCCACCACCCCGGGCCAUCGUGUCAAACUGGUUUUCAAUGAGAUCGACAUGGAAGCUCACCUGGAGUGUGCCUAUGAUCACCUGGAGAUAUUUGAUGGACGAGACUCUCGUGCCCCUAGUCUGGGACGCUUCUGUGGCACCAAAAAGCCCACUCCUGUCGUCUCCAGUGACAACAAACUGUACCUGCGUUUUUUCUCAGACAACUCGGUGCAGAAGAGGGGUUUUGAGGCCUCUUACAGAGCAGAAUGCGGAGGAAGCCUGAAAGCCGAGGUCAAGACAAAAGAUCUCUACUCUCACGCCCAGUUCGGAGAUAACAACUACCCCAGUGGCUCCGACUGCCUGUGGGUGGUCUCUGCUGAGAAGGGGUACGGGGUGGAGAUCAUCUUCCAAGUGUUUGAGAUCGAGGAGGAGGCAGACUGCGGGUACGAUUAUGUGGAGCUGUAUGACGGCGCUGACGUCAAGUCUCCAAGGCUGGGACGAUUUUGUGGAUCUGGGGCACCAGAGGAGGUCUACUCUGCAGGGGACGCCAUCGUUUUGAAGUUCCACUCAGACGACAGCAUCAAUAAAAAAGGCUUUCACGUGCGCUACACAAGCACAAAGUUUCAGGACACGUUACACACAAGCAAGUGACUCUUUAAAGACGAUCCCAAAGCUAAAUGAAGACUUUAGCCCUAACAUUUAGAGGGACACACCCCACAUCCAGGCAUGAAGCGAGUGCAUGGAUUCACACCACAAACACCAACCCACAUACUUCUCAUACACAUCUGUUAGAGUGAAGCCGUGCAGAGAGACUGUGCCUCGACUCUGCUUUAUUAUAGAGCUUUAUAGGAUGAAAGAGGAGGAGUAGCUUGCAGUGAUUAUUUUGGGUAGUGUCAGCCGCACAUUACGUUCUAGAACUGUGUCAAAGGUACAAAAUGUAUAUAUUGUGAUAUCGUUUGCUGUUUUAUAAAUCAGUAUCAUCUGUG